AUUGAUACUUCCAUAAUAAUCUGUAUAUUAAAAAGGAAGUCAUUAUUCAAUAUUGCUUAUUCAGCCUGAAAGUGAAUCGCUAUGAUUGGGUUUAUACUCUAAUGUAAAGUAAAAUAAAAAAAAUGUUAUGUGGUUUUUAAAUUACUAAUAGUUUGCAAGUACUUCAACAAAACGUACUAACAGCGAUUAGAGCAACCGUAGGUUAGUUUUGUGAAUAGCCAUGGCGGUCCUAGCGGCAGCUCAGUUACUUGACGAAUUGAUGGGACGGCAUCGAAAUACGAAUCCAAACGAAAAAAUAAAAAAACCCAAUUGGGAAGACCCUGAGUACUGUAAAUAUUACAUGGUAAAGUUUUGCCCUCACGACUUAUUUGUUAAUACUAGAGCUGAUCUUGGAGCAUGUCCAAAAGUACAUGAUGAUGAAGUUAAAGACUUAUUUGAAAAGGCUGACUUUUCUUACAAAAAAUCUCAGUAUAUUGAAGAAUUUCUACGAUUUUGCCGUCACAUGAUUAAUGAUGUCGAGAGAAAGAUACAGAAGGGAAAGCAAAGGCUGGAGCUUAUGAAUUCAAGGCCAGAAGGUCCUCCAAUGACUCAAGCUCAAACAGAGAAGAAUCAAGAACAAGUAUCAUUACUCUCAGAGAAAAUAACUGCAUUAAUGCAAGAGGCAGAAGAGGCAGGAUCAUGUGGCAAUGUGGAGCAAGCUCAAGGACUUAUGAAACUUUGUGACAGACUUAAAGAAGAAAAGGAUCAACUUCUGAAGCAACAGGAGAACAGUCAUUGGUCUAUGACCGCUGAAUUGGCAGCUGCACAGGAAAAGCAAAUGGAGGUGUGUCCUGUAUGUGGGGCAUUUUUGAUUGUUGGAGACGCUCAACAAAGAAUUGAUGACCAUUUAUCUGGAAAGCAGCAUGUAGGGUAUUUUAAACUACGACAGGCCUAUGAAGAAAUGGUAGCAUCUCGUGAAAAAGAACAGCAGGAGAAGGAGAAGCGACGCCGAGAGGAUAGGGAGAAAGAAAGAGAAAGGAGUACUAGGGGCGGAGGAUUGGGUUCCGAUAGACGUGAUCGGGAGAGAAUGGAACGCGACCGGGAACGUGAUCGCGAUAAGGACAAGGACAAAGACUCUGUCCGAGAGAAAGAUAGACAUAGGGAGAAUCGUGACGAGAAGAACAAUCGUGACGAGAAGAACAAUCGUGACGAAAAGAAUAAUCGUGACGAGAAGAAUAAUCGUGACGAGAAGAACAACCGUCAUGAGGACACGCGACCACUUAAAGAAGAAAAGGAUCAACUUCUGAAGCAACAGGAGAACAGUCAUUGGUCUAUGACCGCUGAAUUGGCAGCUGCACAGGAAAAGCAAAUGGAGGUGUGUCCUGUAUGUGGGGCAUUUUUGAUUGUUGGAGACGCUCAACAAAGAAUUGAUGACCAUUUAUCUGGAAAGCAGCAUGUAGGGUAUUUUAAACUACGACAGGCCUAUGAAGAAAUGGUAGCAUCUCGUGAAAAAGAACAGCAGGAGAAGGAGAAGCGACGCCGAGAGGAUAGGGAGAAAGAAAGAGAAAGGAGUACUAGGGGCGGAGGAUUGGGUUCCGAUAGACGUGAUCGGGAGAGAAUGGAACGCGACCGGGAACGUGAUCGCGAUAAGGACAAGGACAAAGACUCUGUCCGAGAGAAAGAUAGACAUAGGGAGAAUCGUGACGAGAAGAACAAUCGUGACGAGAAGAACAAUCGUGACGAAAAGAAUAAUCGUGACGAGAAGAAUAAUCGUGACGAAAGAAUAAUCGUGACGAGAAAAAUAAUCGUGACGAGAAGAACAACCGUCAUGAGGACCGCGACCGUGAGCGAGAACGUGAUCGCGACAGGGACCAGCGUCGUGAUCGCGAUAAGGAGCGGGAGAAGGAACGGAGCGACCGUGACCGUGAACGUGACAGAGACCGCGACCGGAAGCAUCGUAGGCGAUCACCCCACGAACGGUCACGUCGCCGCUCCCGCGAUCGCCGCUAGAAAAACUGAGGUAUCACAAAUCACCUCGAAAUGCUUAGUAAAAUGUACCAAAAUAUGGCAUAUGGGGAUUGACCCCGUUCGUUCGAUAGUUGUCGUCACACCGACGGAUUUGGCAGUUGGAAGUGUGAAGACAAACGGCUCAACAGCGGCAAAGAGGUACUUUUGAAUAAACUACAGAAGAACCAAAAUGAACAUUGGAGUCGUCCCUAAAUGCUUUCGAGGUGACAUUAAAAGUCACGAUUAAAAUAAUAAAUUACUAAUGCAUGUAAUCGUAUUAGUAUUAUUGGUUAUGCUAGGUUAUAUGUAUAGGUUAGGUCAACAUCUAUGUCCCUAGGCAAGUUUAUACCGAUUCCACUGAGGAGUUAUUCAGGUAUUUAUCCAUUUUUUAUUUGUCACGAUAAAGACGAAUUUGUGAUUGGCGUAUUAAGCAGUGUGAACGGUUAGCGUUGUUUUUGAAAUAUUAAAUAAAUGCAUAAUU